UUCAAGGCCUUUCAGACUUACCACAGCUUCAGUUUCCUCUAUUUGUAGCAUUUGUACUUGUCUACACUACCAUUGUGUUGAGUAAUCUGGUCAUUUUUGUAUCUGUAAUCUGUUGCUCCCAUUUACACACUCCCAUGUACAUGUUCUUGUGCAAUCUUUCAGUGCUUGAUAUCUCUUACACCUCGACUAUUCUACCCAAACUGUUGGUCAUGCUCUUCACACAAUGUAAGACCAUAUCCUUUGUAGAGUGCAUGAUUCAGGUGUAUUUCUUCAUGUUUUUUGUCUGUACAGAAGUUCUUGUUUUGUCUGCAAUGGCUUACGAUCGUUAUAUAGCAAUCUGUUUUCCCCUCAGUUACUUUCACUUUAUGAGCCCCAAUCACUGUACUACGCUGAUAGUGGCAGUAUGGAUAAUUGGUUUAAUAGAGCCACUUUUGCAUACUGUCUUUAUUUGUAACUCAACCUAUUGUUCUUCACACCACAUUGACCAUUUUUUCUGUGAUGUUUCUCCAUUGAUGAAACUUUCUUGCAGUUAUACCUUAAUCAUUGAGAUCUGGACAUAUAUUUUGGGGUUUCUCAUCGGAAUAUGUAUGUUUACAUUUAUAGUAAUAUCAUAUGUGUUUAUUAUCUCUGCUAUCCUAAAUAUUAAAUCGGCAGGUGGUCGACAUAAAGCCUUUUCUACCUGUGCCUCCCACAUGACCUGUGUUAUCAUCUUUUAUGGAACAAUGUUUUGUUUGUAUAUAAAGCCAACAUCUAUGUAUUCACCAAGGCAGGACAAGUUUUAUGCCUUAUUGUACGUUAUACUUAUUCCACUACUGAAUCCUCUUAUUUACACCCUAAAGAAUAAAGACUUCAAACAG